GUGCUGGAGGAGAGGGAGAGAAGGAACGAGAGGGCAGUCGCACAGGACGUGGAACGGCCGUUGCCGUGGAGCGUGUGCGCUUAACUUUCGGGGUACGUUUAUCUUAAAUAUAUUCGUUAUGACGAUACAGUGAUCCAGCGCUGAGCGCUGCGACCGUACGUAUUUACGAUUCGUUCGGCUACGGCAGCGAGAACGAAAAAGACUAUAGAAAAAUAUAAUAACAAUAACGAUAAUUACAAUACAACUACCAACUACAACGACGGCGACGAAGACGACGACGACGCGAGAUGGAGGCGCGUCGCGAGACGGUCUGAUCGUGGUGUAGCCUGUUUCCGUCCUUUUCUCGUUCCUUUCCUCUCGUGUAUUAGUAUAUACCUUCGCUGGGGUCUUCCUCCUCCUCUCUUUUGUGAAAUCGAGUGUGUGCGCCAUGUGCCGCCGCCGUUCUACUCCUGUCGUCGCUGCUCGCGUGUGUCUUAUUCCUUUUAAAGUGGAUUUUAACAUCAUCGAGUAGGACCUCCCAUUUUUUCUCUCCUUUACCCGGACCCUAUUCCCCUUCCUCCCUUUUGCCUCUCUUUUAUGAAAAAUAAAAAGUUUGAACGAAGGGGAAGGAAGAAAGUGUCUUUAGUCUGUUCCUUAGAGGAGGUUUGCCGGUACGCCCAUCUCCCUACGAUUGAGAAAGAGAAGGAGAAAGAAAGACAGAGAUAGAUAGAUAGGGAGAGAGAGAGAAAAGGAAAGAAAGAAAGAGUAAGAGAGAGAGAGAGAAAGAGAGAGAAGGAAUUUUCUUCUCUCCAUUAUUAGUGAUCGUCGUCUCGUGUCCGGUACGUCGCAGUGCAAGAUACGACAAUUCGGAAGACGAAGAAAUUUAGGAAAGCAUUAUUCUCUUUUAUAUCAAACCAUUGUAUUUUUGUCUGCAUCUCGUGGUGUGCCAAUCGAGAGAAAUAGAAGACGUAGAGAGAGAGAGAGAGAGAGAGAGAGAUAGAGAAAGAAAGAAAGAACGAACGAACGUAAGAACGAGUGAGAGAGAGAGAGAGCAAGUAAGUCUGACGAUUUGGUGGGGGUAGUGGGGUGUUGGUGGUGGAAGGUGGAGUGAAGUCAGCGAGGCUGAGAGAGAGCGAGAAGGAAAUAUAAGAAGCGAGAAGAGUGAAGAGAGAGGGGACACGUCUGGUCCGAUUCCGUGCGUUCGAACGAGAGAGAUAACGCGAGGGAGCGCAAGUGGCGUAUCAAGAUGGCGCAUAAUUUGGCACCGAGCGUCAACUGCUCGCUCGACGACAUUGACCUGAACGCCCUGAAGGAACCCGCUGGGAUAUUUGAGCUGAUCGAAGUUGUUGGUAAUGGAACGUACGGGCAAGUUUACAAAGGUCGACACACCAAAACGGGUCAGCUGGCGGCCAUCAAGGUCAUGGACGUCACAGAGGAUGAAGAGGAAGAAAUCAAGUUGGAAAUAAACGUAUUGAAGAGGUAUUCGAAUCACAGAAACAUAGCUACAUACUACGGUGCCUUCGUGAAGAAGUCAUCACCGGGAAAGGAUGAUCAGUUAUGGUUGGUUAUGGAAUACUGCGGAGCUGGCUCCGUCACAGAUCUCGUCAAAUCGACGAAGGGUCAGAGCCUUAAGGAAGAAUGGAUUGCAUAUAUUUCUAGAGAAAUAUUACGGGGUCUAAGUUAUCUUCACAGUAAUAAAGUUAUUCACAGGGAUAUCAAAGGACAGAACGUACUUUUAACUGACAAUGCCGAGGUCAAGCUUGUUGAUUUUGGUGUUAGCGCCCAAUUGGAUAGAACGAUAGGAAGAAGGAAUACGUUUAUUGGUACACCUUAUUGGAUGGCACCAGAAGUAAUAGCUUGCGAUGAGAAUCCCGACGCUACUUACGACAAUAGAAGUGAUCUUUGGUCUCUCGGAAUUACCGCUUUAGAAAUGGCUGAAUCACAACCUCCACUUUGUGACCUCCACCCGAUGAGAGCAUUGUUUUUGAUUCCGCGUAAUCCACCGCCUAGACUGAAAUCCAAAAAAUGGGCAAAGAAGUUUCAUGGUUUUAUCGAGACUGUAUUGGUGAAGGAUUACCAUCAGAGGCCUUACACCGAACAAUUACUUAAGCAUCCAUUUAUACGGGACCAACCGACGGAGAGACAAGUCAGAAUACAAUUGAAAGAUCAUAUCGAUCGUUGUAAGAAACGCAAACAGGAGAAAGAAAGAGACGAUUACCGAUACAGCGGUAGCGAGAAUGAAGAAGAUGAGCCAGCAUUAGCCGGUGAACCAUCAUCCAUAGUUCAAGCACCUGGUGGUGAUACACUGAGACGUAAUUUCCAACAAAUUCAAGAAGGUCGAACGUUAACGCAAGACGUUUCACCUCAAGCACCAGCCGGUAAGGAUAAACCAAAUCAAGGUAGAUCUCAACGGGAAGUACCAGAACCAGGUCCACCUGCGAGACCAGCCAUUCCACACAGAUUAAUCGUCGUGCCAGAUCCGCAGCCACCAUCUCGACCAUUACCACCUACACCUAGGGAUGACCCACGACAAUCCCACAAGGUCUCGACACCGCCCUCCAAUCAUCAAGCACCUUCUGCUGGCGGUGGGGGUAGCGGGGGUUCCGGUGGACAAGCCGCACCUCAAAGAAACAGCCACGUGUUUAAACCUAUGCUGCCGCCGAGGAGGCCUGAGGACUUGGACAUGCUGGCCGCUCAACUCAACGAGCUUGGUGUGUCACAGGGCCCCGAGGCCCCGCCUAGGCCCAACAGACAACAUAAGGGCCCACCAGCUACGUCAACCUCUAAUUCGGUCCAGCCAGCGAGCGCUAAUGAUCAAAACAACAAACAGAUGCAACAAUCAUCCAGUAUACUCGAUCAAGCACUGUCGAUUGAAAGUGACAGCGACGAUGAUCUCGAAGAUGCUGGUAGUAACAAUCUAAGGAACGAUGGUACACUUCUCGCUAGCGAUCCGCCUAAGCCUCUGCCAUCCUCGGAUUCAUCCUCGUCAUCCUCGCACAACGCUCAGAAUUCCCAUCACGAAGGUAAGCCAAAAGGUGGGGCACCAAAUCGACCAUUACCACCAACGCCAGAUGAGGAAGAAUCCGGAGAUCGUACACUAGUCAUGAAACGAGGUUUUAACGAAAGGUUGGAUAAAAUGAAACAGGAGCACCAGCAAGAUGCUGCGACGUUGGCUGCUGCGGCGACGUUGGCUGCGGCUGCGGUCGGUACGAGCAAAUCCGGGAGCGAGGAACGUUCCUCUUCUUCUGGCGAAAGAACGCUUAAGAGGCAGGAGCAGUUAGCACGUAGGAAAUACGAGCAGCAGCAACAACAACAACAGCAGCAGCACCACCACCAACAACAUCAGCAACAACAGCAGCAGCAGCACCAUCACCACCAGCAGCCUCAGCCUCAGCCUCAACAGCAGCAUCAUCUUCAUCAACAACAUCAAAAACAUCAACAGCAUCAGCAACAACAGCAGCAACAGUUGAAAGCUGUUCACAGACGACAAGAAAGCGAUUCGAAACUUGGUAACACGUCUAGCGCGUUCGCGCGCGCAUUUCGCCGUGAAAAUUCGGAUUUUUUCCCGUCAACGAGGCACUCCGCUUAUCUACAAAAGUCGGACUCCUCGAGGUCUAGCAUAUUCGCGAGCGGUAAUCGACGUGGCAGCGAGAUAAGCGUAGCAGGAAUAGUCGGUAAGAAGGGUAACGGACUUAAUACCGGUGAGCCCGUUCUCACUGACUUCUCGUUUGGACGUGACGGGCCCCAAAGGCCUAGGAGAGAAAAAACAGAGAGCGAAAUCGUCUUCGGUAACAGGCACGAGGCGAGGAGACUCGACUUCGGGCGGAAUAAAGACGAUACUACAAGGAGACGCAGUUGUAGACCUUCAGAUGCGGCUGCCCUGGCCGUGUCAGAUGACGCCGGAACAAUUAAAUCCACGGCCAGUACAACGGCUAGCGAGUACAGCCCUGUUGUCACCCAGAACCGAGAAGGUGGUGAUCGACCUCGAGGUGGUGGUGGCGGUGGUGAAUUCCAGAGAUCAGAUUCUUCACCUGGUUCAAGGCCAAGCUCAGUUUUACCAGAUCUUUUGACCUCGUCACCGGGUCAACGUCAGGACAAGUCUACAAGCGAGGAGUAUCGACAAGCGGUUAAAUCACCACCCCCGUUUGCAUUACAACAGAAACAAAGAUCUUUCCUGACAUUUGGAUUUGGUGCUGGACCAGCCAGAAGAGAAUCCCAUGUUAACGUUAACGUGACACCUACUAGCCAUGAUUUGGCAUCCGAUACGCCGGAAAUAAGAAAAUACAAAAAACGUUUCAAUAGCGAGAUUUUAUGUGCCGCAUUAUGGGGUGUAAAUUUGUUAAUCGGUACGGAGAACGGGCUUAUGUUGCUCGACAGGAGUGGACAAGGAAAAGUUUAUCAACUUAUAAGUAGGAGACGUUUUCAACAAAUGGAAGUACUCGAAGGACAGAAUAUUUUGGUUACCAUAAGCGGUAAGAAGAAUCGUGUUAGGGUAUAUUAUCUCUCAUGGCUGAAGAGUAAGAUUUUACGUACCGAUGGCCAUAGUGAUCAAGUCGAGCGUCGCAAUGGUUGGAUAAACGUCGGUGAUCUUCAAGGAGCGGUGCAUUUCAAAAUAGUCAAAUACGAAAGAAUAAAGUUCCUUGUAAUUGCAUUAAAGGAUUCUAUAGAAAUCUAUGCAUGGGCGCCAAAGCCCUAUCACAAAUUCAUGGCAUUCAAAUCGUUCGGAGAGUUAGCACAUAGGCCACUUCUCGUUGACCUAACUGUUGAGGAAGGUACGAGAUUGAAAGUUAUUUAUGGUAGUGCUGAUGGAUUUCACGCCGUUGAUUUGGAUUCGGCUACGGUUUACGACAUCUAUUUACCGAAACACACUCAGGGACCUAUUUGUCCACACUGCAUCGUUGCAUUACCAAACAGUAACGGCAUGCAAUUAUUACUUUGCUACGACAACGAGGGUGUUUACGUUAAUACUUAUGGCAGAGUAGCCAAAACAAUGGUCUUACAAUGGGGUGAAAUGCCUACGAGCGUUGCUUACAUCGGCACCGGUCAGAUUAUGGGAUGGGGUAACAAAGCAAUUGAAAUUAGAAGCGUUGAAAGUGGCCACCUCGAUGGCGUUUUUAUGCACAAGAAAGCUCAACGGCUCAAGUUCCUUUGUGAACGUAACGAUAAGGUCUUCUUCUCGUCAGCGAAGGGUGGAAGUUCGUGCCAGAUCUACUUCAUGACGUUAAACAAACCCGGCAUGGCUAACUGGUGAUCCCGAAUGAGGCCGAGUCUGGCCCCAAGAACACCCCCGCGGAUUUUGACACACAAUCCACCCCGUGUGUCCGGUUAUACGCCAUCAGCGCGCACCCUUUAUCGCCCUUCACUGCCUCCAGGCCCGAGCGUCAUGGAAACGAGGAUAUGCGCGCACCAAUACCGACAACAUCAUCAUCAUCAUCGUCAUAAUAAUAAUAAUAAUUAUUAUAAUAAUAAUAAUAACAAUAAUAAUAAUAAUAAU